GAGCAUCCCCCGUUGUUGUCCGCACGUCUUCUUUCCCCGACAAUCUCAUUUCCGCCCCCGAAAAACAGGAAAACAUUCGAAAGAGCGAAAAAGAAAAUCCGAGAAAGAAAAGGCCAAAAUCCUUUUUGAAUUCCUGGAUAAUUCUGUUAAACACCCACUUCAAAUUUAAUUCCGUUCAUGCUUCCGCAUUGGGUCACAGCUCUGCAGGAUAUGUUCAUCCAGUCGUCCGGAAAAUGCUCGUUGGAAUGCCUGUGUUGAAGCCAUCCACAUUAUUAUAUCAGCAUUUGCAUGAACAUUUGAAUGCGAUUUUCAUUCUUUUAUAUCGCAUUCAAAUUUGGGUUGUCGAUUUGAUUUGAUUUUUUUUGUUGUUCUUGGAAGAUAAGCGUCUUCUCUGUUUUGUGGGUUGGAGGCUGAUUAUAUUUGCUUUUGUGAGCAUAGUUUCUAAGGAUUCAGCUGUUGAUGAAAUGAGAAGGGUAAUACGUGAAUGUCAAGAAAACAAUGUGGGAAUCAAUGGACGCGAGAAGGGUGGGUUGUGGGAUGAUUUUUGUAAUAUUUCUUUGCGCAUUAGCGGUGGGGAGCGCAGAAGGCACAAGGAGAACAGAGCAGAUGUUUUUUGGGAAUGGGCGUGGAUUGGCCACUCCGGAGAUAGAUGAGAACACGGCCGAGCAGAUGUGGAUUCAUUGCAGGCAGGAAUUGAUGGAGAGGGUAGAAAUUUUUGAAGGAGAGUCAGUCCCAUAUUUUCCAUGGGGGUCGAAUGACAGUCCACACUCAAUAUCAUUAGCAAAAAAAAGAAUUCACAAUGCUAUUCGUGUUCUGCCUCCACAAAUGCAGCGCAGUCUUUUGGAUUGCUUGAGAAAGAAAACAGUUCCACAUCGUGUUUUGGUUGGAGGGGCUGUCUCUGGGAGUUGGUUGAUGAAGCAUCUUGAGUUGCUUUUCGGUUGGCCUUAUGUUCCGAGAAGAUGUUUGGCAGGUCGGCCAGUUCAAGGGAUAGAUGCCAGCCCUGCUCCUGCCCCGGCAUUGUCUCCAGCUUUUCCUCCAAGCCUUGCAGUAAAAUCACUUUCUCGUGCUCCCGCAUCAUCUAUUCGGGCACCCGCUAACUCUCCAUCUUUGAACCCACAAACCCCAACUGAAGCCCCAGAACCAUUCUUUCCCCCAACACAAAUCGCUCACUCACCUCCGCCACCUCUAGCUGGUAAAAAGUCUCCACCAAUUCUCCUGCCCAAGAAGCAUGACACUGAUCAAAAGGAAACGGUUGUUCUUGUUGCCGCUGCUGUUGGAGGAGCACUUGUCCUCGUUGCACUAUGCUGCUUUUGCUGUGUUAAAGGUGGUAGUUCUAAGCAAAAUAAAGAUGAGAGGCCUCUUCUUACCUUGAGCAUGAGUGAUUUUUCUACAGGUUCUUCACAGAAGUCUAUUAGUUUAGGAAGUUCAAAUAACAAGGAGUUAAGAACUAACUCUAACCAAAUGGGACAGACUCCAUCUUUUGUUACCAAUUUGUCUGUGGUGGCUGAUGUUCCUGAAUCCUCACCAGCUGAAGCUGCAUCAACUGCAGCUACUGCAGAUGUGCCAAGAAGUACGCCCAUGCCGCCUCCUCCCUUAAAACCUCCCCCUGGAAGAACAGCUCCUCCAUCCCCUGCUCCGCCUCCUCCUCCACCUGGUCCUCGGCCCCCACCACCCCCAAAAGGGGCUCAUCCUCCACCUCUUCCGCCAAAGGCAAAAUUGAGUCAACCUUCACGUCAAGGACCACAUAAUCGAGCUCAUUCUGCUCCUGGUGAGGAAGAUGAUCGAGGGGACGAAUCUGGAGCUCCAAAACCCAAGUUGAAGCCGUUCUUCUGGGAUAAAGUUCUUGCCAAACCUGAUCAGUCAAUGGUCUGGCAUGAGAUUAGUGCUGGGUCAUUCCAGUUCAAUGAAGAGAUGAUUGAAAGUCUAUUUGGCUACCCUGCUGCAGAUAAAAAUAAGAUUGAGCGCAAGGAUUUGCAAUCCUUUGAACCUUCGACGUACAUUCAGAUAAUUGAUUCCAAGAAAGCACAAAAUUUAUCAAUUCUUUUACGAGCACUUAAUGUGACAAUCGAAGAAGUCCGUGAUGCCCUCCUGGAAGGUAAUGAGCUUCCAACAGAGCUCCUCCAAACUUUGUUGAAGAUGGCACCCACAGCAGAAGAAGAACUGAAGCUGAGGUUAUUCAGUGGUGAACUUUCCCAACUUGGCCCUGCAGAGCGGUUCCUCAAAGCAUUGGUUGAUAUCCCAUUUUCUUUUAAACGGAUGGAAUCAUUGCUUUUCAUGAGUUCUCUUCAGGAGGAUGUCUCUAGCACUAAAGAGUCCUGUGAAACCCUAGAGGUAGCUUGCAAGGAACUCAGAAACAGCAGGCUAUUCCUGAAACUCUUAGAAGCAGUUCUCAAAACUGGUAACCGCAUGAAUAUUGGUACAUUCCGUGGUGGCGCUCAAGCAUUCAAGCUCGACACACUCUUGAAGCUCUCUGAUGUUAAAGGAGCCGAUGGCAAGAUCACCCUCUUGCACUUUGUUGUACAGGAAAUAAUUCGUUCCGAAGGAAAACGAGCUGCUCGUACCUUAAGAGAAAGCCACAGCUUCUCCAGCAUGACAUCAGAGGAUUUUGCUGAUGAUUGUACUCAUGAAUCAGAAGACUACUAUCGUGGACUUGGGCUUCAGGUUGUCUCAGGCUUAAGCAAUGAGCUAGAGAAUGUAAGGAAGGCGUCAGUCAUAGAUGCUGAUGGCCUGACGGCUACAGUGUCAAAACUUGGCAGUUCACUGAUGAAAACUAGAGAUUUUCUGAACUCCGAGAUGGAAGGUAUAGAGGAAAACAGUGAGUUUCAUCAUAAACUUGCCAGAUUUGUAUCAUAUGCAGAAGAGGAGAUCACAUCACUGCUGGAUGAAGAAAAGAGAAUAAUGGCUCUGGUGAAAAGCACAGCAGAUUACUUCCAUGGGAAUGCCGGAAAGGAUGAAGGCUUGCGUUUGUUCAUGAUCGUUCGUGACUUCUUGAUAAUGUUAGAAAAAGCCUGUAAAGAGGUUAGAAACUCAUCGAUCAAGCCAAUGAGGACUUCCACGAAAGAGGCUGCAGCAGCGCCUCCUUCUUCAGAACCUCAUCAGACACCUCUUGCAGAUAUUCGCCAACGACUAUUUCCUGCAAUUGCAGAAAGGCGAACAGAUAAUUCCAGUUCAGAUGAUGAGAGCCUGUCUCCUUAGCUUACAGUUCAAAUUGUUAUUGAGGCGGUUUGACAUUUUGGAAGCGACAUGACUGGAUGACACAUUGCGGUACUAUUUCCUUGUUCCAAUUCUACCAAGCAACAGCAAAUGAAUCCUGAUUUUUGUUUUUCCUUCUUGUAAAUUUCAUUUGUAAUUGAUGAAAAUGGAAAUUAAAAAGAAAAGGAUAGGGAGAUAGGUUGAGUUGAGAGUGGGAUUGCCAGCUUCCAAAUUUCUCUCGGUAGUGGAAAUUUUUUCCAGUGAAAUUAAACCAAAAACAGAGAAUUAGUCAUCCGCCCACGAACACCACCCCCCCUCCCAAACCAGAACAUCUUUAGGAUCCAAAUAUCUUUGAUCAAAACUUCAUAGUGUACUCAUAUCUCUUUUCAUUUUUUGCUUUUAAGCUUUCUUAAAUGUUGCAACCUUAACUGUGGAAGCCAAUGCAUUUAUUAUUUUUUCCCCUGA